UUGUUGCUCCGCAAAUUUGUUUAAAUAAAAACGAACCAAGUGUAAAUAAAAAUGAUGUGAAUGAUCAGAGCGUUGCCGAAAAUGAAACAAUGCAAACGCGCGUGUUAUGUGAAAUUGAAGGCGAGUCCGUUAUGCUGCGCUGCCCUCACAAUAGUUAAAGACUAUAAAACAGCUGCACACACACAGACACACACAUACAAACAACAACAUGGAUGGUCAACGAGCCCGCGAUCUGUUAACGCUGCUGCAGGAGCGCGUUGUAUUUCUCACUGGUGGGCGUGAUAGGCGUGGUGGACCAUUACUAUGUUUUCCGGCAACGCCGCGCCGGGAUCGCCUCAAACCGGAGGAUUUGCGUCGCCUGCUUAUCUACUUGAUUAGCAUACCCAGCGAUGCGGCCAAGAAUCUCGGCUUCACAGUCAUUAUUGAUAUGCGUGGCAAUGGCAACUGUUCGACGAAUGUGAAGACAAUAUUGAAGGUGCUCCAAGAGCAUUUCAGCGCCAACAUUCACAACGUGGUGAUCAUCAAGCCGGACAAUUUCUGGCAGAAGCAACGCGCCUCGAUCAGUUCCAACAAAUAUAAAUUCGAAACGCAAACGAUAUCGAUCGAGGCACUCAACAAAAUUGCCGAAUCGCAUCAGCUAACAUCCGAUUUCGAUGGACAGCAGGUGUACGAUCAUCAGCAGUGGACCGAUGCACGCUUGGCCAUAGAGGACUUCUUUUGGCAAGCGGGCGAUAUGGCUGAUCGCAUCGAUGAUCUGCAAGAGGAUUUGCAUCGCAACGAUUUUGCCGAAGAUGUGAGUUUGGCCCGCUUGGCCAUCGAUCAUCACAACGAGAUGCGCAAGAAGAUCACCAAGCUGCCUAUUGAGGAUCUGGAUAUGCAGGGCAAGAAGCUGCUGACAAAGAUCAAUAUGGCAGCUGCUGCCAAUGCCGGCACAGCAGGAGGGCAGUGUGCCUCCACGUCGGACUGCUCCGACUCGGGCACCUCCUCCGCUGGCCAACAGCAGCAGCAACAACAACAGCAGCAACAACAGCAACAACAACAGCAGCAACAGCAGGGCGCACGCGUCGCUAGCCACAAUAAUCCGGACAUGUCGGCGGCUAUUAAUAAGGCGCUGCGACAAAUCGAGCUCAUCCACUCGGGUCAGGAGCGCUUGCUCAUGCUCUGGCAGCACAAGAAAGUCAAACUCGAUCAAUGCUUUCAAUGGCGCCUCUUCGAGCAGGAUUGCGAGAAGAUGUUCGAUUGGAUACUGCAUAAUCGGGAUGUAUUCCAAAUGAGCUAUGUGGAAAUCGGGCACAAUUAUUCGGGCGCCAAGCUGCUGCAGGAUGAGCAUCAGAAAUUCGCCGUUGCCUCGAUGAAUGUCAAUGUGAAUAUCGAUCGGAUCCUGGCCGUGGCAGCUCGGCUCAUUGAGAGCCAACACUAUGCAGCGCAGCAUAUAAAGACUUUGGCCCAGCGGCUCGAUCGCACCUGGAAGGAUUUCGGAGCCGGGCUGGACGAGCGCACAGCUGUGCUGCAACUGAGCGUUCUCUUCCAUCACAAGGCCGAGCAGUACUGCAAUAGUGUGGCCAGUUGGGCAGCCGCUUGUCAGGCCUCGCAGCCAUUGCCCUCCGAUAUACAGAGUCUGGAAACAGCCAUAAGGACACAUCAGUCCUUAUACGAGGCCAUGUGCCAGGCCUAUACGGAGGUGCACUCCACCAGCAAGAAGCUGCUCUAUCAGCUGGAUCAUCUAGUGCACGUUUGCAAUCAACCGCCGCCGCCGGGUGUGCCCGAUCAUCGCAAGAAUAGUAGCGGCAAUAGCGGCGGCAGUGGCUACAACAAAUAUGAACGGCCAGAUCCUGCGGCGGAUUAUAGCGAAGGCGCCAGCCAUGUGCUCGCUGUUAUACACCAAAUAUUAGGACAUCAUCGGACACUGGAAGCCAAGUGGCAUCAGGAAAAGAUUCGAUUGCAUCAAACCCUGGCGCUACGUCUCUUCCAGGAGGAUGUUAAGCAGGUGCUCGACUGGCUGAAGAAUCAUGGCGAAGUCUUUCUACGCAAGAAUACGGGUAUUGGACGCAAUCUGCAAAAGGCGCGCGUCUAUCAAAAAUCUCACGAGCAUUUCGAGAAUGUGGCACAGAACACGUACAGCAAUGCUGAGAAGUUGCUCUCGGCUGCGGAAGAGCUCGCUCGCAGUGGCGAAGCAGAUCCAAAUGAGAUUUACUCGGUGGCCCACGAGCUGGAGCUGCAGGUGGCGAGCUUUGCCGAGCGUGUGGAGCAGCGACGACGACGAUUGGAAAUGGCUGUCAUAUUUUAUACGCACGAGAAGGAGGUGACAGCCUGGAUCGAGUCGUUGCGCACGGACGUGAGCACAGAUGAGACGCGCCUCUCGCAGGAGAACCUCGAGGGCAUCGAGCGUUUGCUGCAACAAUACAGAGAUCAGCAGGACAGCACAGUGAACACUUGCAUGACACUGAUCGCUCAGGGAGAGGCUUUGCUGCAGGAGAUGCGCGCACUCGAGUAUGUGGACAAUACGGGCUCGCUGGCCGCGCUCGAAGCGACGCUCGAGAAGCUGAGCAAACAGAAGAUCGAGGUCGAGGAGCUGUGGUCGGCGCGCAAAUUUCGUGCUGAUCUCAUUCUGCGUUUGCGUUACUUUGAACGCGAUGCCAUGGAACUGUCCUCGCAGCUGGAGAUGUGGUCCGAGGAGCUGCAGCAUGCAGAUCUCUCGCGCGACUACCAGAAAGCCGAACAGCUCAUUCGCAUGCACAACGAAUCCGUAACCGAAAUACAGAACACGACGUACGAGGUACUGCAACAAGGUCAAGAUCUGCUGCAGCUCUUCGAGAACGCUGGCUUCAUAUCCAUGGCAGAUGCCACACACACGGCGCAGGCACGAAUCGAAUAUCUGUUGGACUUCUUGCGUGAGCGGGAAAUCGACUUGGAGGAGCUGUCGGAGGCAAAGCGUGCGAAGCUGGAACAGGCUGUGCAGCUUUGUCAGUUCCAGAACGAUGCCAAUCAGGUCAUAUCCUGGAUACGCAAUGGCGAGGCAAUGCUCACGGCUAAUUUUCUAACGCCCAACAGUCUGCAGGAGGCCGAGCAGCUGCGCAAGGAACACGAACAGUUUCAGAUUGCCAUUGAGAAGACGCACACGUCAGCCGUGCAGGUGAGAUAUCGCGCAGAUGCGCUGAUCAAUGCGAAUCACUACGAUCCGAAAUCGAUACGUGAGAUCAGCGACGAUGUAACCAAAAAGUGGCAACAGCUGGUGACCUAUGCCGAGGAGCGUCACAAGCUGGUGACAGCCUCCAUAAAUUUCUACAAAACAGCCGAGCAGGUGUGCUCGGUGCUGGACAGCCUGGAGCGUGAAUACCGCAGGGAGGACGAUUGGUGUGGAGGCGGCGGCAGCAGUGAUAAGGCCCAAACAAUUGUGCAGCUAAUAUCGAAGCAUCAAGAGCAGAAGGAGGCAUUCCUAAAGGCUUGCACCCUGGCACGCCGUACGGCGGAAACAUUUCUCAAAUAUGCGAAUCGUUCGCAACAAUAUUAUCAAUAUACCCAGGGCAAUUGCGAGGCGCACGUGAAGAGUAAGCUGGACAAAUUGCUCACCCAGGAAAAUCAGGUACUCGACUUUUGGACGAUGCGCAAGAAGUCGCUGGAUCAAUGCCAACAAUUUGUGCUCUUCGAAAGGAGUGCCAAACAGGCCAUCGAAUGGAUACACAACACGGGCGAGGGUUAUCUAUCGUCGCGCACGAAUCUGGUGGGCAUAACCAGGGAGGAGACGGAGGGACUACUCAAGGAGCACAACGAAUUUCGGAGCACAGCUAAGGAGACACGGGAGCGAGUAAAGCUGCUCAUCCAGCUGGCCGAUAGUCUGGUGGAGAAGGGGCAUGCGCAUGCCAGUUCGAUUAAGCAGUGGGUUGCCUCAGUGGAUCAGCGCUAUAAGGACUUCAGCAACCGCAUGGACAGCUACUGCGAGCAGCUGGAGAAAUCGCUGGGCAUGUCCCAGCAGCAGCUGCUCCAGCCCGAAUCGGAUGCGAAUAGCUCGAUUAGCAGCGCAUCCGGCAGCACCGAUCGACACUCCGACCCCACGCUGGAGGCAAAGCUAACCACCUCAGCUAGCUCGGCCAUCAGCAAAGAGAUCAACGAGGAGAAACGCAAGUCGGCGCGCCGAAAAGAGUUCAUCAUGGCGGAGCUAAUGCAGACGGAGCGAGCCUAUGUCAACGACUUGGCCACCUGCAUUAAAUGUUUCCUCGAGGAGUUUCGCAGUGGACGCAACGUGCCAGCUGCUCUGGUUGGCCAGGAGGAUAUCAUCUUCGGUAACAUACGGGAAAUACAUCAUUUCCAUCAGAAGAUCUUUUUGAAGGAGCUGGAGAAGUAUGAGACCAUGCCGGAGGAUGUGGGCCAUUGCUUUGUCACCUGGGCUGUUAAGUUCGAUAUGUAUGUGCAUUAUUGCAAGAAUAAGCCGACAUCGAAUAAUCUGCUCGUGCAGCAUGCGGGCAAUUAUUUCGAGGAGCUGCAACGACGUCUCGAAGUGGAGCAUCCGCUGCCCGCAUAUCUCAUAAAGCCCGUGCAACGUAUUACCAAAUAUCAAUUGCUGCUCAAGGAUCUGCUGUCGUGCUGCGAGGGCAGCCAUGGUGAGAUCAAAGAAGGCCUCGAGGUCAUGCUGAAUGUGCCGAAAAAAGCGAAUGAUGCCAUGCAUCUGUCUCUGCUCGAGAACUGUGAUGUCUCGGUGGAUAAGCUGGGCGAAGUAGUGCUGCAGGAUGCCUUCCAGGCGUGGGACACAAAGCAAAUAAUACGCAAAGGACGCGAGCGUCGUGUAUUCCUAUUCGAGCUGUAUUUACUGUUUGCCAAGGAGGUCAAAGAAUCGAAUGUGGUCAAAUAUCAAUUCAAGAGCAAGUUGAUGACCACCGAUAUGGGCAUAACGGAGCACAUCGAAGGCGAUGAGACAAAGUUUGCUGUGUGGACAGGACGUUCGCCCAUGCUAUCCGAUUGUCGCAUUGUGCUCAAAGCAAACGGCCUGGAGACCAAACAGAUCUGGGUCAAGAAACUGCGUGAGGUCAUGCAGGAAACUUGCUUCUCGGGCACCUCGCUUACAUUGCCAAAGUCGCCUGCCAAGCAUUCGGGUUCCUCGCAGCGAUCUUCGCGUGAUCUGGAUGAGCCACUCACUGAAAAUGAUCACGAUCGCUGCUCUUUGGCCAGCUUUGGAUCGGGCAAUACUACAGAUAGUGAUAAUAAGCUGGGCAAUCAGGAGGCCACCUGGGUUGUGGCUGACUACAUAGCCAGUGCGGGCAGCAAUGAGCUGAGCGUUAGCAAGGGCCAGCAGGUUGAGAUUAUCGAGCCGCCCACAGCCAGUGAGCCGGACUUUUGUUUGGUCCGUUUAAAUCCACAGCAUGACGAUUCGGCUGUACAAGAGGGUCUUGUGCCCGUUGCAGUGCUCAAACCGCCGCCAGGCGCUCACAAGCAAGGUUCGUCCGGUGGUGCAGCAACAGCAACGGCAGCCGCAUCAGCAGCCACUGGAACAGGAGCCGCACAGAAGCCAAACGAUAUGCAGGAUCAAGCGAAUCGCGGCAAGGCGGAUGCAUUGUCUUCGUCGACCAAGCGACGCGGCUUUAGCGGGCGCAAAUGGAUACCGCAGCCGCUGCGUAAGCUAUCGCAGAGCAAAGUGGAGAAAUCACCCAAUGAGAAGGCGCUCUUGAAGAAGCCCUCGGAGAAGAAUCUGAGACUAACACAGAAGCACACCGAGGAGCUUGCCGAGCAGACGAGCAGCGGCGCCAGCGGAAGCGUUGGCCAAUUGCCAUCGCAAUUCCCCAAUGUAAGCGCUCAGCAACCGGACUUUGAGGCCGAGGAGGAGGCCGGCUUGGAGCUGCCACCGCCCAUGAAGCCCAUACAGGAGCCGCAUUUGAUUGCCAAUGGACCGCCCGCAUAUCCCAAGGAUCUCAAGGAGAACGCCGCCAAUUUGACAAGCACGGGCAAGAUAGAGGGCAAUCCGCUAUCGGAAAUUGAACAAAUUGUCAGAAUGAGCCGCGAACAACACGAAUCGAACAGCCGCGUCGAUGGCAGUGCGGCAGGUGAGGCUGGCAGCGAGGGCGCCGCCAUAGACAAUGCGGCCACCAAUGGACGUGCCCAUUCAAAUGCCGAAUUGGGAUUUGUGCAGGAUAACAAUGACAAGAACAAAACAGAUCCCAGCGAUAGCAAAACGAGCGCUCUCAACAGACGUCAAUUGGCUUUAAAUGAGCUGGUGGCUACCGAGGAGUCGUAUGUCCAGGAUCUGUCUAAGAUAGUCAAUGGCUACAUGGAGGAAAUACACAACAAAGACAUACCGAGACCUGUGGACUUGUUGGGCGGCAAAAUGGACUUGGUAUUCAAUAACAUCAAAGAGAUCUACGAAUGGCAUAGAGAUAAAUUUUUGAUAUUGUUGCGCCAGUGUCAAAAGUCACCAGCUGAGUUGGGUCCGCUGAUCGAGAGCUCUGCCAAGAAGUUCACCAUGUACUAUUACUUCUGCAGCAAUAAGCCGUUAUCGGAGUUUAUAGUCAAUGCGCAUUAUCAGUAUUUCGAUCAGAUACGCCAGAAACUGGGACAUCGCAUGGAUUUGAGCACGUUGAUCAUAACGCCCGUGCAGCGCAUCACAAAAUACGUGCUGCUGAUCAAUGAGAUACUGCGCGAAACGAAGCGAGCGGGUCUGCAAAACGAGGUGGCCACGCUGAUGAAGGCUAGCGAGCAAAUGAAGGAUGUGGUUAAGAAGGUCAACGACAUGAUGAUGGUGCUGCGCGGACUGCAAGACUUCGAUGGCGAACUUACGGCCCAGGGCAAUCUGUUCCUGCAGGGCACACUCACCUGUGCCAUCGAUGCGGGCCAGAAGCAGCGCGAGCUGCAGGUCUUUCUAUUCCAACAGGUCAUCAUUUUUGCGGACAUACAAAAGCAAAAGACGCAGUUUAGCAGUCCCGUAUUCAAAUAUCGUACACAUAUACAGCUGAAUCACAUGCAAUUGCACAGUCUGAAGGAUAGCUCGUACAGUUUUCGUAUCAAAUCGACGGAUCCAAAUAAGCCACCCGUUUCGAUUGAGUGCCGGGCGAGCUCGGAGGCCAGCUACAACGAGUGGUUGGACACGCUGAACAAGAUAGUCAAGCAGCAGAACGAUUUAAUAUUACAGCUUAUCAAUCCACUCAGCAAAUGAAACACACACAUACACACCACAGCUACCACACACACGCGCAGUGUUGAAUUCCAAAAGAAAACAAAAGUUAUAUAAGAAAAGUACUGCAAUCUAUGCUGAUUGUAGUUUCCUUAGAAAAUACAAAACAACAUGUUUUGGGUCCAUCCGUAAAAAAGAAAACAAAAGAUAAAAGAAAAUCAAAUUUCUAGUGAGCGCUCCGCCUCGCAAUUUGUCUGAUUCACACACACACACACACACACACACACACACACACCAACACACACAUACUCAAGUCCUAAUUUGUAUGUAGCUUGUAAUUUAUUUAUUUUUGUUCAUGCUCCAAUUAUUAUUUUACAUGUACGAGGGCUGUUUGAAAAAUUUCCGUAUGAUGUGAAAGAAACAAACAAAAGGAAAAUUUAAGUUAUUUAAAUUAAUAUAUAAUUUCUUUAAAUGCCAAUCUUUUAAA